AUGACGCGCGUUCUUUUAUUAAAAUCUGGAUUAAUUGAUCGUUCCGAAGUAAUUGAACAAAGUGACUCCUUUUUAUUGUGUACUUUUAUGGACCCCGGUUCAAAAUGCAAGGAUUUUCCGAUCAAAAUGAAGCAUAGAAAACAAAAGAAAAAGUUAGAAAAAUGGUUACAGAAAAAGUCUACAGUCACGUCAGUAACUAACGAUGAUAAAAGAAAUGAUGAAUUAAGCCCCUGGAACAUUAUUGAUCUAAUGAUCGCGAGUACUACAACUCAAGGAACACCGCUUUCAAAAGCAAUCAAGGAGGUAGACAUGUAUUUGUCUGAUGAGUUACGAGUA